UGCAUAUGUACUCCGCCAAAAUUAGUGUUUGUAGACGAGAACUGGGAUAUGUUUAACAGCAUAAGAAUAUGCCGAUCAGUUUGUGCACUUCUAUCGCUUCUGUAUGUCCCUGUGCAUUUUCGAAAGGGGUUAGCUAGUUAUUAAGUUAGCGAAAUGUUAUGCGUGUACGUUGUAUAUAAAGUAGUCGAUCUGAAAUUUCGAGGUUCCACCUAAACAGCCCGGUAAAGGAUGCCGUUUCUUGAUCACGCUUUUGCACGAUCUGUGAAGGCAAAUCUUUUCGGAGCAGGUUGGCGCUGAUUUUAAUCCCGUUUUCCUCCAGUUCAGUUAUACACUGUUUCCAGAAUUCAUUGUCGGAUUUACAGAUACAAGUUAGUGGCAUCGCAGUCUACGAAUUACAGUAUACAAUCGCCGCAAUCAUGGGCGCGUCCGAAUAUUCACCGGUCGGCGGUUCCGAAAAUACUGCUUCAAAUAGCAUUUCCGAACGCUCUGCGGAAACCGAUUCCGAGAAUGCAGCUGCUGGGAGCACUUCCGAAUCACGCACCUUGGAGGCCAAAAGCAGAUUUUCCAGAUUUAUGCAAAAAGUCGCUCGAACUUGGUUCUGCCGUGUGCUUUAUGCCUGGCGAGGUGGCAUCUUCAUCAAUUUCUUCACAAUAUUCGCAUGCUUUUGACACUUGGGAGAUGUUAUUACAUGUGCAUUGUGCUACCUGAAAACAUAUCCGGACAAUAUAAUUUCCACGACCAUUUAAUGCCGCAGUCCACAGCGGAAGUUAAUUACGCAGCGGCUGUCACCGUCCUUUGGUUACUCUAUGGCGUUUUGUUCCCCGCGAUUAAUAUCGCAUUAUUGGCGUACAUAUUUCAACUCGAUCUUUCCUAUAUUCUGUCGUGGUGGAAAGCUAUUGAGCAUGCGGACAUAACGUGUACAACCAACUUUAUUUUGGCAAGAUUGCUGGAAGUCCGCAAACUGCGAGUGGGCCUUAUAGCUGAAAUUGUUGUACCGUCUGUCCACUUCGCCGUCGUCGCGGUGUACACAACUUGGCACUACUAUUCUGGAUUGACAGUGUGUCCGUACGAAAGUCCAGUCGUACGGAUUUUCAUGGCCGCGAUUGUAAUGGAAGCCCCGCAUAUUAUUUUGGCCUCGUUGGCUGCGUGUACUGCACAGUAUUGGGAGGCAACGAUAUUAAAACGAUGGUAUGGCAAAUGGGUAGCCGCUAAGAAUGUGAAAGCGGACAUCGAUUUCCCUGUCAAAAAUUGGAUCUUUUACGAGGAUUAUGUCCAAAUGCUGGAGCUAUUUAAUUCAGCAAUAAAAGAACAGCAAUCCGCCUUAUGCCCAGAUAACCCGAACGAAAUUCCUGUCCUACGCCCAUUUUGAACCAUCCGUGUCUUCACCACGAAACCUGUGGAAAAUUGGACACUAGCGGACGUCAGGCAGACCAUGCAUCUGUAAUACUGGACUCUCGAGCGUGGGUGUAUACGGUACCCUUUGCUCGGUGGCGGCUACAGAUCAAGAGUUGCCUGCCGCCUGGGUUAGACGGUUUCAACUUCUAUAGGCUACUCAUUUCCGGUCUUGUUAACAGGCGUCGUUUGUUAAACUGUUCCCGAUUAUUUCAAAAGUCAGUACUGCUUUAACUUCCCAUUUCUUGGUUUGUUUCUUCUUUUUGCAUCGUACUAUUGUUGUUUAUUGUGAUUAGUCUGAAACUUGGGGGAUGUGGGUUCCGUUGUAAUUUCUUAGCGUGAACUGUGGUCGAGUGGCGAUGGUUGUAGGACUUGUAUCUGCAUUUUCUGUUUAAAAUGCAGAGUUUCGUGAUUGCGAAUGGACGGGUGUGAAUAAAUCCGAGACGGACGAGUUCCUUCACCUUCUUGACUCCCAUUUGCAGUUACCGUUUGUUUGCUCUUUGCGGGACUGAGUUUACCAGUUAUCAGAAAAUGCAGCAGUGUUUACGCUUUAAUCACAAAUGAGUUCGACUGAGCGCAAUCUGGACGAAAAUCUCGUAUAAUUGCAACGCUUUUGCGUUGUUAUUUAAUUCCAGUGGGAGUGUGGAUCCUUUUCUGUGAUUUCCUGGCUAAAUUAGUGGCCGCGAAUGCAGACGGUUUUAUCGUUUAUUAAAGAUUUUAUGUGGUUUUAACCAAUGGAUCGAGCGGAAAGUAUUUCUUCCACGGGUUCGGUUUCGGAUCGUGAUGGUGACGGUGCGGAAGUAUUUGGACAAGAUGCUGGCGGGAAUGUUCGCGCAAAUCCGCUUACGAUUCAGUGGUUGGUGGAGCAUUUCGAGCUGGCGGAAGGAGUCAGUUUGCCGCGAUCGACCAUUUUUACGCACUAUAUGCGACACUGCCAGGAGAAGUCCAUUGAAGCCAUGAAUCCGGCCACUUUCGGCAAAACCAUUCGAUCUGUAUUCAGCGGACUGAAGUCGAGAAGAUUAGGGACGAGGGGACAUUCGCGGUAUCAUUAUUAUGGACUGCGGAUUAAGACUCAGUCUCCGUUAGCGGAAACCAGCAAACCCGAUGAUCCUACAUCCGUCCAUUCCAAACCCGGUGUUGUGAAGCCUUCGAAAUUAAGAAGCAUGGUCACUCCCGCCAUGUCCGGCUCCGUUCCCCGCUCACAUAGUCCGUCGUUUGAGCGGCAAGUGUCGGCCAAUUCGGCAUCGACUGCCGCUGCUGCGGGAUCAUCCUCCCUGCAGUUGAACGGGGAUGAAUUUGAGCAUUUGGGAGUGCCGCAGCGCACGGUACCGACGUUGCUGUUGAACGAUACUGAGUGGGAACGGGUGGAUGCGCUGGUGACAAAGGCCUCUAUUUAUCCUAUCACCUCUAAUGAUCUCAGGAUGUUUCGUGAUUUAUAUCGCAAUCAUUGUGAAGCCAUAAUGGAUGCCGUUCGGAGUUUGAAAUUUAUCGCCGUGGAAGCAUUGUGGGCGUCCUUUUGGAGAUCACGUUACGACGAGGAAGCGGAAAAACUGCUGCCUUUCGAUAAAUUCUACCUCGUUAUUGGCUGCAAUGCUGUGCAGGAUCUCAUUAUUGCCAUGGAUGUUGAAUUUUUUAACACAUUGGCAAAAGUUCUAAUCCAGGAUGUGCUGAGACCGAUCCCUAGUAGUUUGACGCAAGUGAUUCGUAAUUUUGCCAAAAGUAUGGAGGGAUGGGUGAGAGAAAGCAUGUCCAAGAUGCCACGACGAUUGGUGCAUCUUAAGUUGCUUGCUGCAAGUGCAUUAGCUCAGACACUCCGUCGUUACACUUCCUUAAAUCACCUUGCUCAAGCGGCUCGCACCGUCCUGACGAAUCCCGCACAAACCGGCACAAUGCUGGCGGAUAUAUCCCGGCUGGACAUGAACAGUAUUUACGAGCAGGGAAGUUUAAUGUGUCCUUGUGAUUUUCCCGCGGUGAAACGGUAUUCUGACGAAUUCAAAGCGCUCUUGUCAGAAUACGACGCAUGUGAACGAUGGCCCACAUGGAUUGAAAAGAUUCUGGAUACAGUGUUGGGGAAUUGUACCAAAACUACCGUGACCGAUGUCUCGCAAGAAUUUUGCCAGAAAUGGUCGUAUUUUAGUUCCCUUGUAAUUCGCGAUCUGACCUUGCGAAGUGCAGCCAGUUUUGGUUCCUUUCAUCUGAUACGGUUGCUGUUCGAUGAAUACGUCGUGUAUGCUGUUGAACAACGAACAGCGCGUUUCUACAACAUCUCGUCGCUGCAGUUAUUCUUUAAUCAUCUUGCCCGGUUGCAUCCGUUCUCCGAUGCGGAAGUCAUGCUGCCCGGUCGCGUUAGUGUCCAUCCGGCCUUCGCCCGUCUCGCGGACUCCUCAUCGGCCACCGGCCAACCGUCCUCUUCCCGGUCGCCCCGAAGGUACGCUGACGAUAGUGGCAGCUCGGUGGGAAUGCCAUUAAAACGGUUCCAUUCCACUUGAGAAACCUAUCAUCCAUACUUUGCACAGUCUCUAUACGCAACAUUGGCUAACCGCACACAAACACACCGUACAAUUGUUAGUUUAGAUAUGUAUCUGUUAUGUUGUUUUAUCUCCAGUUUGAUCUUUUUAACUGGCUGGCUUUCAUUGUGCUUUCGUGCUGACUCGAUAUAGCUCAGGUAACGGUGUGGCUUUUAUUGCUUUUGCAGUUCUUUGGGGUAAACUGUAGGUUUUUAUGGAGAUAUUAAUUGUUUUUAUCUUGGUUUUAAUUAGAUUUCUAAAUCUGGUUCUACUUAUGCCCGGCGAAAUUUUAUUGAUUUUAUUAAUGUGAAGGUGGAUUUCCAUCUAUG